CUUCCCAACCUUCGUUCUUGGGAACUGAACCUGCCCUCUCCCUCCAACCUGACCUUGGAGCCUCUUUCAAUUUCCAUUCCAUUUUUCUACCACAAACCACUCGAAAGCUCUCAUUUACUUUUCUCCAUCAAAUCAAACACUGCUCAGCAUUCAGCAUUUCUGGCUCAGCGACACUUCAUGCUUGACCAUGAUGUCCAAUAACAUUCCCUUGUUUGUCAUCAUCCCAUCUUCGUUCAACCUGAAGAGUGCCGGUGCCGGUGAGUACAGAGAGGAACUUCAAGAUUUGGAUGACAACGAAAGCCUGAGCUGCCAAAGCUCUGUUCGAUCACUCUCCUCAUCAGAGGAUUCAGGCUCGUCGUCCUCAAACCGAUGGAUCAGUUGUGUUUCUACCAACCACAAGACUUCAUCCACCACAGCUGUGGUCCCUCCCAGGGCCCCCAAGAGACUCUCAUCUCUCAUCAGAGACGACGACUCCACUGACGACGAAGAUGAAGACACCAACCCCUUGCAAAUGGUCCGAAGACAAGUGGAGGAUCCUUUCAGACUGUCCGUCAGGAGCAGUGAUCCUGCUUCCACCAGAGAACGAAAGUCCCUGGAUUGCAGCCCUAUCCUGCCCAGAAGAAGCGUGAAUCUGCCUGCUGGAACAGUAUUGCUACCAAGCUUGAAGAGAGCCCCCAGGCGAGUUUCAACAGUAAACUGCGCCUACCCAAGGAGAGGACAACGCCAAGAGGCCGCGUCCACCACUCCAAGAUCAGAGACUGGAUCCACUGCCAGCAUCACUACCAUUGACACUUCUCCACCUACAUACCGUCGCAAGACUUCCUCCAAGAAGGGCUUCCGUCAAACAGUACCAACUUCCAAACCAAGGUUUCCAUUCCUGCAGUUCUUGCCCUGACCCAAAAAGACUUUCGAAUCGAAUCUGAUCAUGCCAGCCACCACCUCUAGAACGAGUAGAUCAAGCUUGACUCACUCACAUACAUGUACGCAGAUUGCUAAACUUUAUAUUAGACAGAGUCAUUAGCUACCCUU